GAGCUGGGCAGGAGGCGUGGGAGGAGAAAGGAGGGGCGGCAGUGGAUGGCCGAUUUGGAGGUUCUGGAGUGCAUCGGCAUCCGAGGGGUUAGGGUCGAGCUGGGGUUGGGGUUCGUGUUGAGGUUGAAGCCAGGGCGCGGCCACGGGGCGCCAGAGGGGAAGGACGGGGAGGACUCCAUGGCUAGCCUUGGGGUUUAGAGAGAGUGAGGGUGGGGUGCGAUCGGGAUCUGCGUUUGCCAAAAGAGAAGGAGAGAGAGCGUAAAGGAAAUUUUGGACCAGCAGGACAUGACGGGGAGGAGGUUGGCGUCUGCGAGGGGUCGAGAAGCUUCGAGAGGGGUUAGGAGAGGUUCGAAGCUAAAAAAUGCGAGAAAAAAAAAAGGGAAGUUCAGAGCCCGACACGUGGUGCGCUUGGGGAGCUCUGAACUCCCCUUUCAUGUAUUGUAUAGAUUUAGUUUCUAUCAUGUUCAUGAAUGCCAAAUUGGUUAUGUCUUUGUAAAUAGCAGGUUAAUUGCUCUGCCAAUUGUCAUCUUCACAAAACAUCAGAAUGUGACUUCGCUGCUCUUUGAACUUGAAGAUGACAUGAUCUUGUUUCGAAGUGAUUGGUGAAAAAAGAAUAAUAUUGUUGCCUUUCCUGCUAGUUGAUAUUAUUUCCAUUAAGUGACUCAUUGGCUUUGUCAUUAAGUGUUAAUGCAUGGUGAGCUAGCCCCUACUCCAGCAACAGAGAAUAGUUGGUGCUAUCUAAGUUGCCAUCAUCUAUAAUUGGGGAAGGGAGGGGGAGGGGUAGUGGGACAUUUUGGAAAACUCAAUCAGUUGCUUUAGACAACCAAGGCAGAACUAAGGUUUUGACUCCUUGUUCUUUCAACCAGUCACAGAUAUGGUAUGGUUGGAAGAUUGAUCAACACCCAGACGUUGCACAGAAAUAAAAUACAACAACCUCAUGAAUGCCACAGUAUAUAUCUUAUACAACAUAUCAAGGUUUCAUUAGGACAUAAUUUCAACAAAUAUGGAUACCUACACCUGACUGGUGAAAUGUGAACAAAUUGGAAAUCGUAUUCAAGAAGCAUGAACUUCUGUUCUUUUGUUUCUUUUUUAAGUUACUGAAACCAUCAAUACAUGUUUUAUAAGUAGUGUAGACACAAACAUGUUUGACUAACUGACUUCAGUGGAUGCCCAUCCAUGCCAAAUAUUGCUUUCUUUAUUAAAAAAUAUUUAUCAAUUUACACUGUUGUUAUGUUAGUGUAAAGGGGGGUCUUCAGAGGAGAAGAGUUUCUCACUUUUCAUCCAUGAAGAUCUACAAUUAGCCAUGUGGUCGUGUUUCAGAGCUAAAUGUGGUUGGAGAGGUGUUGCAAAGGUCUCUGGAGAGGUCAAGGCAUACAAUCUCAGAUCGGAUGAGUCUUUGCAAGUCAAGGAGCACAGAAAAAUCUCAGAAAAGGACCUUCAACUAGAGCCUUUAUGUGAAGAGCUUGUUGCGUACUUCUUUGAGAGAAUGAUAUCUGCAGAAACACUUCGAAGAAAUGCUGUAAUGCAGCGUAAAUAUAAUGACCAGAUUGUUAUCGCUUUUACCUAUAGACGAAAUGGAACUCUUGUAGGCUGCAAGUAUCGUGCAGUCUCGAAAAAAUUUUGGCAGGAAAGGGCUACUGAAAAAAUAUUUUAUGGGCUCGAUGAUAUCAAGCAAGCAAGCGAUAUUAUAAUUGUUGAGGGCGAAGUGGAUAAGCUCUCUAUGGAAGAGGCUGGCUACCGAAAUUGUGUUAGUGUACCUGAUGGUGCACCUGCAAAAGUUUCGGAAGAGAUACCUAAUGAAAAAGAGGACAAAAAUUUUCAGUAUUUAUGGACCUGCAAGGAAUAUUUAGAAAAGGCAUCUCGUAUAAUACUAGCAACAGAUGCUGAUCCCCCAGGCCAAGCUUUAGCUGAAGAAAUAGCUCGCCGUGUUGGUAAAGAAAAUAGAUGCUGGAGAGUCAAGUGGCCGAAGAAAAAUGAUACUGAUGUUUGUAAAGAUGCAAAUGAGGUGCUCAUGUAUUUAGGACCUGAUGCGCUGAGAAAAGUUGUAGAGAAUGCUGAGUUGUAUCCCAUACGUGGUCUAUUUACCUUCAGUUAUUUCUUCCAUGAGAUUGAUGCUUAUUAUCAUCGCACUCAUGGAUUUGAUCGUGAUGUUUCGACAGGCUGGAAAGCUUUAGAUGAACUAUAUAAUGUUGUGCCUGGAGAGCUGACUGUGAUAACAGGUGUGCCCAAUUCUGGCAAAAGUGAGUGGAUUGAUGCCUUGUUAUGCAAUAUUAAUGAAAGCCAUGGGUGGAAGUUUGUGCUAUGCUCUAUGGAAAACAAGGUAAGGGAUCAUGCAAGGAAGCUUUUGGAGAAACACAUCAAGAAACCAUUUUUCAAUGCUAGAUAUGGAGGAUCUCAUGAGCGUAUGAGUGUGCAGGAGUUAGAAGAAGGGAAGGAAUGGCUUAAUGAUACAUUCCAUCUCAUCCGGUGUGAGGAUGAUUGCCUUCCAUCUAUUAAAUGGGUUCUUACACUUGCUAAAGCUGCUGUUCUGAGGCAUGGGGUGCGUGGACUUGUGAUUGACCCAUACAAUGAACUUGAUCAUCAACGUCCUGCAAAUCGAACAGAAACUGAGUAUGUGAGUCAGAUGCUUACCAGGAUCAAGCGCUUUGCUCAGCAUCAUUCAUGCCAUGUAUGGUUUGUAGCGCAUCCUAGACAGCUACAACACUGGGGAGGUGGUCCACCUAAUAUGUAUGAUAUCAGUGGAAGUGCACAUUUUAUAAACAAAUGUGACAAUGGUAUUGUCAUUCAUCGUAAUCGGGAUGAAAAAGCUGGCCCCCUUGACCGUGUGCAGGUAUGCAUACGGAAAGUACGAAAUAAGGUCAUUGGAAAUAUUGGAGAGGCUUUCUUGUCAUAUAACCGGGUCACAGGACAAUUCAUGGAUAUUGAUGGCGAGGAUCAGUACAAGUAAACGCCUGAUACUGUUCUGGUUACUUGACCAAGUGAACAGGGAAGCGAGUGCGCUGGCAGAAACAUGAGGUUUUGAUCUCAGAGCAUCAAGCCAAGCAUGCAAUGUCAAAAGAAUCGGCCACUUCAAUCUUGCUGUUUCUACUCACAGAAUUCUUGCGAGGGUUCUGGAGGAAGUAACCCCAUCACAGAAUCCCUAACAAACUUUCAUUUACUCAUUGUAGGUAGGUUUGUUAGGUUUUAGAUAUUCACCUAAUCCCAUCUCUAUGCUGUUUCCAAUACUGUGCAUACAUGUGUAUCUAGUGAUUAAUUCCACCAACUCCAAGACAUACUACAUGGAUCAAAAUCAUGUUGCUGCACAUUGUCUUCUGUUAUCAAUCGGAUGUAAAGUUUUAGUUUAUCUUGAGCCUUGUCAAACUGGUGCCCAUGGCCCUUAUUGAUGGGAUGAGAGUUGAAUAAGAUUGGUUUCUUCAAUUGUUCUUUGGGAGAUGCCAUUUUCUUCGUAAAUAUAACUUGAUCACAUUUGGGGAA